ACAUUUCUUACCAAACUAAAGAAAGUAACAAAGUGAUGCAAAAAUGCCAAACUUACAUCUGCUCAUCUGAUCUCUCUCAUUCUUCAACUCUUUCCUACCCACCCACCCACGCACCCCCACCCCCCAACCCCUACCCACCUCCCCCAUGCUAACUACCCUUGUUCUCAAGCUUCUCUUAUUAAGUUCAACUCAAUUCAGCUAAUUUGCUCUCUCUCUCUAGAGAUACAGACCCAUCAAUGGAAACCUUACCAAAACCUCAAGAAUUUCACAACCCAUGUCUUAUUUCAUCACCAGAUACUCAUAGCUCCAACAGUUCUAGCUGUAGCAAUAGCAGCAACUCUAACCACCACCACCAUAACAACAACAACAACAACAACAACAACAACAAUGGUCUUCACCAUCACCACCACCAUCGCCACCCAACACCACCCACAACCCCUACACCUACUACCCCACCACCAAUACCCAUCACCAGAUCCGAACCCAACAACCCAUACCCUACUACCUUCGUUCAAGCUGAUGCUUCCUCUUUCAAACAGGUAGUUCAAAUGCUCACUGGCUCAUCUGAAACCGCCAAAGUUGGUGCUCCUGCUAAUUCGGGCCGGGCUGAGCCCGUGAGGAAUCCGAUCCCGCCAAUUAAAACUGGGACUAAGAAAGAGAAAUCUAGUUCAAAGCUGUAUGAGAGAAGGAAUAGCAUGAAGAAUUUCAAAAUUAGCCCAUUGGGUUCUGGGUUUGUGAACAAAUCAAUUUACUCUGCUGGAUUUUCGGGUUCACCGAGAACUGCCACGCCGGAGAUUUUGUCUCCGAGCAUUCUCGAUUUUCCGGCGUUGGCACUUAGCCCGGUUACUCCUCUCAUACCCGACCCGUUUAACCGGUCGCCACACAGUGCUGCCAGUACAGAGAAUUUGGAUUUGGAAGCUGAAGAGAAAGCAAUUGCUACUAAAGGGUUCUUUUUGCAUCCAUCGCCGGCGAAUACUCCGAGGGAAUCGGAGCCCCGACUUUUGCCUUUGUUUCCGCUGACUUCCCCUAGAGUCUCAGGUUCUUCUGAUUCUUAAAUGUGCUUUCCUUUUUUUCAUUUUUGAGGUUCAUCUUUUGUAUCAUUUUCAUAUAUAAAUCCACAUAGAAUAUGAUUUGGAAUCAAGGUGGAAUCCAGAUGUUGUUAUAUUACUACAUAUUUGAUAUUUGUAUCGCACAAUUUGAAGAAAAUGAGCAAAAAAAAAAAGAAAGAAAUUGGCAGGAUGAUUUGCUUCGA